ACCAGCCAGCCUUCUCGCUCCUCCUCGUCCUCCCCUUUCUCGCGUCCCCAUUUCCUCCCACCAAAUACGGCACCGUGAUCCGCCACCGACCCGCCGACCGAUCCCCGGCCGGCCAUGGCCUCCGACCCCGCCGCCUGCUGCCCGUGGGACGCGCUCCCGGCGCACCUCCAGGAGCGCAUCCUCUCCCGCCUGCCGCUCACCGCGCUCGUCCCCGUCGCCGCCGUCUCCCGGGCGCUGCGCCGCCUCCUCCGCUCCCCGGCCUUCCACGCCCUCCUCUCCCCGCACCGCCUCGACGCCUUCUUCCUCCUCUCUCCGCGCCUCGCCUUCCACCCGCUCUCCCGGCGCCUCCUCCAGGUGCCCCCCUCGCCCCCGCUCGAUCCAUCUUGCCCUCCCCUCGUCUCCUCCGCCUCCCCCUCCUUCCUUGUCACCGCCGACUCGCUCCUCCGCCUCCCGGCGCUCCCCGACCGCUCCUACCUCAUCGCCGUCGUCGUCCCACCCUCACCCUCCUCCACCUCCAGCCGGGAUUACACCCUUGUCGCCGUCACCACCAACGGCGCCGCUGUCCGCUCGUAUUCCCUGGACUCCGCCGAUCCCUCCCCACGGUGGGUGCCUGGGGCCGAGCUCCCGCUGCCAUUUGCGAUCCUCGGCAAUGCUGCGGUCGCCACUGACCGUUCUCGGCUCUUUGUGCUCGGCCGGGGCCCAGACGCGCUUCUGGUGCUUGAUCUCGAGACCAGGAAGUGGGCUGCUCCGCCAGUUGUGAUGCCGCAUGGCCUUACGACGGCCCACCUGUUUGUUCUUGAUGAUCGGCUGUUCUUGGUAGGUGGGGUGGAGAGGCUCGGGGUGCUGGAGCGGGUGGUGGUGUGGCAGUUGGACAACAAUGAAGCAGUGGGAUGGGUGGAGGUAGCCACAAUGCCGCCGGAGGUGUUCGAUGAGUUGGUGGCUGGUAGGCAUGGCAGUUUCUGGCACUUUCAGGCUGCGGACAGAAUGGGGACUCUUUGUCUGUACAAUGCUUUAGAUGGGAGGCUGGUGAUGUUUGAUGCGGUGGAUUGUGUAUGGACGAUGAUGCCACGAGUGUCUGGGUUAGGAGCCGGGGAGAGCCAAAUGUGGUUUGGGCAUGUCUUGGAGCCAGGCGUCGACCUAUUGCUGGGACAACGCAGCCUUCGUUCAUGAGGAAAUAUCUAACUUCAAGAUUCAAAGCCAUCAUGUGAGUCAAGGCUGUUGUAUCACAUAGGCUCAAAAUUUCCCAAUAAUUUUAUGUGCAGUUUUCUUUUGGGGGGGUGGGGGGUGGGUGGGGGGGGGGGGUGAUUUUUGCUACUGUUUGUCAGUUAGCAUUUGUCAAAGCCCCUCAACAUUAGGUGGCACAUCAUAAUUACUGUUGAAGUGUCUGUCACUGUCAUUCAUACUGCAAACAAGUAACUCAACCAUGUCAAGCCUUGGCAAAAUAGUUACCUAGUUUCUUCAUGUAUUUUUGCUGAUGUCUGUUAUUGAUGCUAUGGAGCUCUAUAUAAUGGGCCAUUUAGUCAUUCCCUUGUGGAAAGCAUCCUAAGUUCUAAUAUGACAUUGAAUUAUCGAUCAUGCUUAUCAGUGUUUUCUAUCUUGCCAGAAGGCAUGGAUAAAAAGAUUGUGAUGCAGUGACAGGCUUAUAAUUGAUGCCCAGUCUGAUUUGUUUGCUCAUUGGC